UUGGGAAAAUGAAUCUUCUUUCCUAAUCCAACUUAAACACCUGCUGUUGUGGUAAAUAGAAACCUCUCUAAUAUACAACCAGCAUCAGCUAAACGCGGCUAAUGAGAGGCUAUAAAGCGAGGUCUAAGCUUUAAUCGUUAUUCCUAUUAGAGCUGCUGGGAGGACACGAGCCACACUGCGGGCACAGCCUAAGAGGCUUUCGGCUCAGCGGAACCCUGCCACGGCCAGCAGGGCCCAGCGCGGCUCCACAGGUCCUGCUCGGCGCCGGAGGGAUGCAGCCCCUCCUGCGGGUUCCGCAGCCCCGCUCUCCAGCACUGCAGAGACCACCCGGCCUCCGCGGCCCCGGUACCGGCCUGGGCGGCGGUGGCGGAGCGAGGAGGGACGGCUGCUCCCGCCGCGCUCCGCAGCGGCCCCGGCCCGGCCCUUACCGAUGCACCGCACGUAGUGUUUUGCAGGAAGUUUCCACGCUCCCGGGUUUAAUCCGCGAAAAGCGGGGCUGGAGAGGAGCGCGGCUGAAUAGCGAUGGAAAGGGGCGGGCGAAGAGGUGGAGGAGGAGGCGGUAGCAGCAGCGGCCGUGUUUAAUUUUUUAAUUAGGGCGGUUUGAGCAUCUCCCGGCGGGGUCGCAUCGCCGGGCGGCGAGGGGAGCCCGGGCGAGCUGCACCCGCCGCCCGGGACCACCCCGAGCCAGGAGCCGUCGGGACUCCAGCCCGGACUUCGCAGAGCCGGCGCGGCGGAGAGCUCCGCGCUCCGCCACCAUGGGCAGCGCGGGCGCGGAGGACAAGGCUUCGGACAGGGCUUCGCACCGGGGCUGACUCAGAGUAUGGCUCCUCAGCCAUGGCUGCAGUACAGAGCAGAGAUUCUGGAAGUCCCUUUAACCUGGCCGAGCAGUGCAGGCAAAGAAGCAAUAGAGGUGAAAAUCCCACAGAGCCACCAGGAUGUGAUGCCCAAUGAUGAGCAGUAAUUACUGCAGCAACACUUCAGCCAGUAUGAGUGUCAACGAAAUGUCUGCCUUCCCUCUGACUUUAGAACAAAAAACUGGCUUUGCCUUUGUGGGGAUUUUGUGUGUUUUCUUGGGACUUCUAAUUAUCAGAUGCUUCAAAAUCUUGCUAGACCCCUACAGCAGUAUGCCUUCUUCCACAUGGGAAGAUGAAGUUGAGGGGUUGGAUAAAGGAACAUUUGAAUAUGCUCUUGCAUGAAAACUCACAGAAUAUCCUGCCUUAAAUUUGAUGUUGAUUUCAUUUUGGAAACCAACUGUUGUUACAUUUGUUAUACAUACCUGCAUUUUGAAGAUAUGUUGGUGGCAUCCAUUUUGUUAAAUAAAUAUUUGUUGCAAACUCAAAAGGUA